CGGCAAGCGCUGUCGUCACUCAUCCCUCCUGCCCUCUGCAUAAGCGUUCCGGUGGAAUACGCUUGGAGAGAAGAAGGAACAAAUUCUCACGCUCCUUCUCCUCCCUUUCCUUCUCUCAGGCAACUGUGGUGCUUGUUGGUGAAGAGAAUACUAGAGAUUCUGGUCUUGAUGUUUCCAUGUCUCAAGUGCCAAUGGAAAGUUUGCAUGCCGUUGUUAAACCUGCUGUGAUUAGUGAUUUUAGCAAUGCUAUUCCCAUGCAAUCUUAUGAGCACCUAGACUCAAGCUCCAAUGUUUGGCCCGAGAAGAUGAUAGAUGGAGGGCUUGACAGCAAUGAGAACCUUUCCCCUCUUAAUGAGUCACCAGUUCUAGAAAAUGAACUGAAUCCAGGUGCAGGUGGGAGCUUUACUUCCAACAAACCAGUGGUGGUUUUUACCAUGACAUAUGAUAGCAUAGGUGGCUUCGGUGAAAUUGAUGGUGGUGAGCAACUUUCUCUUUCUACAGAGAUUGACAUGGAGCUGGGUAAUGCAAGUUUGUGCACAGAAGGAUAUUUGGACUUGGCGGACUCAUGUUCCGGCACAUUGUCCGAGGAGGUGAGUGAUCAAGGCAUUUGUGAAAACGGGAAACUUUUGCCUCAUGAGGAGUCACAUAUUCAAGAAAAUGAAUUGAAUCUGGACACAAAAGAUCAAAGAUUUGCUUCAAACAAGUCAGCAACUGUUGUUGCUAGGAUGGAUGAGGAUAUGCCUGAACUUCAUAUAAACAAUGGUAAUCAUUCUCUUGCUGUGGACAUUGGCGCAAAGCUGGAUGAUAAAAAUUUGUGUGGAAAAGAUGUGUGUUGUGAGGAUGAGGUUGAUUUUGGUUAUCAGCAUGUUAAUUUGAAUAGAGGGUACCAUGUUCAGGCUCUUGAGGUGGCAUCACACUCUGAUAAAGGACUUGUAGAUGCUGCUGAAACAUUUCCUGAUGAUGAUCUCAUCAUGCCUGUUGUUUCAUCCAGGUUUGGAUUUGACAAUAACUCUAAAAGUGAAAGUUUGAUGACAAGUGACCACGUAGAAGAAGGCAAUAUCCAGAAUAUGGUAGAAGCGAAAUCAUCAGUUCCUGAAGAACAUUGUCUAGACCAUGAAAAUUGUGGAAUUGAUAAAGAGCUUGAGGAGCAGUGCAAGCAUGACAGCUUGCUGGUGGAUAAGCAUGUUCAGGGCAAGGUUUUUGAUGAUGAGCUCGACCUUGAGGUGGUAGAAGUUAAUUAUGAUCAUUGUAGACACAAUGGAGAUUCUAAAGUAGAUGAAAGAGAUAAAGAAACUCAAAAUGCUGUUAAUAUUCACCAUCAGAGUACCAGCAUAGAGAAUCAGAUUGCAGAUGGAGUUUCCAAGAUGCCUUUGGUCAUGCCACAGCCAGGAAAGCUGUUGAUGGAGGACACAAAUACAAGAACUUUUGAAACAGUUUCCUUUGAAGCAUUGAAUGUCUUGGAAAGCUCUCUAGUUGAAUCCUCUUCAGGAAUGAAAUCUUUCACUGUGCAGCAUGAGACAGAUAUACUGUUUGAUGAUGGGGAUCAACAUAUUGAUGUUGCAAGAGAGAUUGGGGUCGGUGCUUCUGCCAUUAACAUGCUCCAGAAUUCUGAUUUGUGUCCCACAGAUCAGGUGGAGGUUCAAACCACAUCUGCUAUCCUGGAUGAAAAAUUUAGUGAAGUAAAUAUGCUGGAAGAGUCUCGACCGUUUGAUGACCUUUGUGGUUUAGUUAGAGGUUUCAACAGUUCACCACAAUUUAGUUCUUCAGGUGUGGGGAAACCUCCUGAGACAAUUCAGUGUGUCAACAAGUUUUCUGAUUCUGGACAUUUUGCACAUUCUUCAUUUGUUGAGGUUUCUAUGAUGGAGGGGAAUGCUGAAGGAGUUGGUCCUGUAAUUGUUGAGGACCACACCUACUUUGAUCAAUCUUUUGACCCUGCACAUGUAAAGUAUUAUGGAUCCAAUUUGAAAAGCGAUGGACAAGCAAACCUGGAAGAGGCUGAUUUGAGCUCCGAUCACAUAUCGUCCUUCUUUUUAUCAGACAAUCUUUUCACUCCAUUUAGUUAUUUUCGACGAAGAGAUGGUGAGAUUGAAUGGGAUCCAAGCUUAAGUACUGAAGAACUGCUGCAGCUAUCGUACUCUGAAGUGGACAAGGAGAUGGGACUUGAACAUGUGCCUUAUUCUGUUGUUAAUUUGGAUGAAAGUCCUGUGUGUGGUACCACAGAUACCUUGUGCAUAAACCUCAGUAUGAAGGAGAAAGAGGUUGAUCCUACAGAUCUGGCUGAACCAGGGGACUCUGGCAAUAUGCAUCUUGCUGAUGAACAACAUGAAACAUGUUGUUUAACUAACUUUCCUUUUGAGAAGCAUGGGGGCAGCCCUAUUACAGGGUAUGGAGCUGUGACUGGUGAAGUAGAAAAGGACGGAUCUAUCUCAUCAUCUUCUUCAUCAGGAGUUGAUGAAAGGCAAAGGGAGCCUUUUGACGAAAAUCAUUCAUUUGUUGUUUACCAAACUGAAUCAGAUCCAGCUACUAUUAAUGAUUGGCUUGAUCGUCAUGAUUCUGUAAAUUCCCAGGAUAUUGGUGCAGAACCUAAUGAUACUGAGAUGCCAAGGGGAGUUUCAGAAGGCCAAUCGGGUAAAGUGAGCAAACUUGACAUCAGUGAGAAGUACAAAAUGGUGUAUACUGUUGAUGAAACAGUAGCCACAGCCAAAUCAGAUCAGGAAAAGUUUAGUUAUACUGAUGAAACUGUAGGGAGUGAGGAAGAAAUAUUCACUGGAUCUGCUGAUUCUUCAGCUUCUGAGUCGGAACAUCAUGCUGGAGAACAUUCCUCGUGUGAUGGAAGUUCACCUUUACUGAGUUCUCAAGUUGAAUAUACUGCAACUUCUAGUACAGCAGACAAACAAUGGGCGGAACCUUAUCAGUUCACGGCUUCCAGAUCUGCUGGCUAUGAUUUUCAUUUUCGUGGUGCCAGUAAGUUGGUGGGCCAAUUUGAUGAGUGCCUGGCAAAGGAAUGUGAAGAGAUUAGGAAAGAUGAAGUGCAGCCUGAGCAGGUAAGAGCGGAUAAAUAUUCUGAUAGAACCCUGACUUGUAAGCGAGCUUCUUUUCAAGAAUGCUGUGGUGUCUGGGAUUGGAUUCGUGGAUUUCGUGGAUAAAGGUUGACUUGAUCAAUAUUGCCGAAAUUUCUGAGCGAAGCAAGUGAAAAUUUGUUCCAAAUGAGAGCAACAUGAUAAGUUCUCAUUGUUUGCAGGUUCUUAAGUAGGUUAGCUGGUUCUAUGAUCUGUUUACUUUCUUCUGUUAGCCUUCUUUUGUAGCUUUUCGUUAGGUGAUAUGAUCGGUUUCAAAGUAAUGGUGUUAAAAGGGACUCUAGUGAGCUUCGUUCUUGUAAGAUGUCAUAUAUAGUAAAUAUGUUAAAUGGGUAUACUUUCAGUAUCAUUUGGGAGUUUCCCGUUGUGAAAAAGCUUAGUUUGCUGGUAAAUGUUUCUGUUUGUCAUCA